AUGCAGCGCCACAGCACUGUGGGCGUGUUCGCGGCGGUGGUUGUACUGGUAGCGCUGGUGGGUGCCGAGGUGCCGUACGAAGAUGAGCUGCGGUUCCUGCGGGAGAAGGUGCACGAGACGUGGCCCCACAUGCCCCACGACAAGGCCGAGGAGUUCGCCCUCGUGCUCUUCAAGCUCGCCCAGGACGAAUCCUUCAUCAACCUCCCACCGGCCAACAAAGACGGCCAGAAUGAAACAGCAGUGGAGUUCCCGUGCGAGGUGUACGGCCCCAGCGACCCGGUGCCGACCAGCGCCAAGCGCCUGCGUCCCGCCGACAUCAAGGUCCUCGGCGCCCUCGGCGACAGCCUCACCGCAGGUUUCGGCGCCUUGGCGGGGACGAUCUUCACUCUCUUCAACGACUUCCGCGGCGUCUCCUACGCCAUUGGUGGGGACGGCCCGGUCGACAAGGUGCUCACGCUGGGCACGAUCCUGCGCAAGUACAAUCCCGACAUCAAGGGCCUCUCCACGGGCAAGGGCGACAUCAACAGCGCCGGCGCCCACCUCAACCUAGCCGUCACCGGCGCCAUUAUCCAAGACAUUCCGUCACAGGUGAAUAACUUCAUUAAGCGGGUCAAGGGCACUCCGGGCAUCGACUACGACAACGACUGGAAGGCGCACGGGGGCUACUUUGAGGAGCUGAAGCGUGUGGCGGGCCUGGACAAGUACAAGGCCAGGGAGGACUUUGCGGUGGUGGUGCAGCCGUUCCUCGAAGACACCCAGAUUCCCACCGGCUCUGAUGGCAAGCCCGACACCUCCUACCUUGCGCCCGACUGCUUCCACUUCUCGGAGAAAGCGCACCAGGCAGCUGCCGUGGGCCUGUGGAACAACAUCAUCGAGCAGGACAAGCAGACCGUAUGGGUGCCGGGCGAGCCGAUCGAGUGCCCCGCCAACGGCGACGUGCUGCCCACCUAA